AUCGCUGCGUUUUACAUCAUACAGAGUCCUCAAAUAUAUCAUUUAUUCAUUGAUGGUGAUAUUGCUGUAAUCAACCCAAAGCAUCGUAUUGAAGAAUUUUUAAUUACUGACAAGGACAUCAUUUUUUAUAAUCGACUUUGGGGAUUUGAGAUCAUGGCUGGUAGUUUUAUUGCCAGGUUAUUUUAUCUUAACGAUUUACUUUGUUCGAAACUUGGAAGUAAUUCAUGUAUCCAUCAUGAUGCAGCAGUCGGCUUCAAACUAGCAACAGAUAACAUAAUACUACAUGUAUCUUUCAAACUUAAAUUUUUGCGAAAAAACUAUCGCUAUUUAGAUCUCAUGAAAAAAUAUGCAACCUGGUCUAAGCAUAUAAAAAUAUUGCCAAAAGGUAAAUCGUGGUCGCGUGACGGUUGGUUAACAUAUUCCAAAUGGUCAGACAAAGAUUUCAUGCUUCACGGAUGGCAUGAAGAAUACAGGCCACUGCAACCACUUGCUCAGUUAUACUUUUUCACAAAAUGCUUACAGUAUAUCCGGAUUUCAUCGCAGACUUGGAUGUUAAUAAGUUGA